GAGACAGUCGCCAUUCCCAGGAUUGGCAUUUCCCAACCACCGCCGCGAUGACGACGUCCCCAACUCGCUCGUCCAUUGCUAUGGCAUUGAUCGACUUUAGCAAGGCACGGGAGCAUCCUGCCAGAGACAACCGCGAUGCCGCAAGACCGUCCACAGCACGUCCCCCGUUGAAGCGACACAAGUCGUUUGUGCAUGACAGCCCGUUGAGCAAAGACGAGCGCGCACCCUCCGUUCAGCGCGCAAUUUCGAUGGAGCAGAUUCGUAUGAACUUGAUGAAGCGACGAGACAAGCUGACCCAGGAGAAAAACGAGCGUUUACUCCUAAUUGAAGCGUUCCGCCGAGCCAAGAACGUCAACAUCCCCAUGUCCUUUGCCAAGGCACCUCAACAACAAAUGUUAUCCCCCAUGUCCGUGGAUGCGACGUUGGCGAGUGAAGUUAUGGGGAACAUGUAUGUCACUGAUCAUGACAUCAUUGGGUCAGCGGCCGACAUGGCAGCGGGGCUGUUAUGCAGGUUCUCGUCGGGGAAGUGCCCACACAUCCGCGCUCAAAAGACUGAUGGCACAUACUUGAAUCUGUGCCACAUGCAUCGAAUUCGAGCAGAGGGGAACCAGCGUAAACUGGACGAAAUGACGAGGGCGACUUCGACGGGGACGCAACGUCCGUCAUCCGCAUCCAGUUGCUCCUCCGACAGUCCUCGCAGCACCACCAGCACUUCAAGCGGUCAGCUUGAGUCCAUGUACUCUCAUGAAUUAGUGGCUCUCGUGCGCCGACUCUUGAAACCCACACAGAGACUACAAUUUGGCGCAUACCGACACACCAACAACCACGACGACGACGAGGAGAUUUCCGAUCCUGAAAGCGAUGAUGGCACUCGUAGCAAUAGCAGCGACGACACCAAUGUCGCUAUCCACAACAUGCCUUAAGUUGGGUUGAUGAAUACUGUGUCAAG